AUGGGACAAAUCUACAUGGGAGACAAGCUACCCAAAUCCACUACAAACAAUCUCUGUGGCUUCAGCCAACUAGCUGAAAAGGAAGAACUCUGGGAGCUGACAGGUUGUCGUCCUGCAAACAGGAAGGAGAGGAGGAUUCCAGUCGCCCAGCCCUCCCACCCCAAACGCAACUGCCCCCAGCGCAGGGGAGGCCGCGGAGGCCAGGCAGGAGUACGUCCUGGAGGCCUGGUCGGCGUGGGCGUUUUAUUCCGAGACCAAGGGGAUCCACUGCAGAGUUCUCCGCUGAGCGUGACCUCGGGCUGCAGCGUGGGAGGAAGCGCGCCGCAAGACCCCCAGCAGAGGACGGCGGCUCGGACUGUCCAGCGGUGGCGGGGACAGCGACAAGGGCGCGAGGACCCGGGACCCGCGCGCCGAUCGGUGUGCGAGGGUAUCGCCUGGGCACGCAGGCUGAGGAGGUUCGGGAAGGGCUCGGCCGCCGGCGGGGACCCGGGCAGCGGGGACCACGGGGACUACGGGGACCACCCCGACCCCGCGCGGGGCCCGAACCCGCGACUCUCGGUGUGCGCUGAGCAGCACCCGGUUCCGUCCUUGCGGCCGAAGGGCAGAGGAGGCGCGAGGCCAGGGGUUCGUGGACAUCCAGCGCUCCCCAAAGCGGGUGCUGGCCGUGAGACCUCCCCCGGGAUGGCCUGCGGGGUGGGGGUCUUGGAGUUAGGCUGUCGGGGGCCACGCAGCCCCUCUUCUCCGGGCAGUGGCGCCCUGCCCCGCGCUCAGGAAGUCACUGAGGACUUCCGAGAGACAAAGGAUGGGAAAAGUUCUGAGAACUGUGAAUUUGAGUACUAGAACUCCUGUACUCAUGAGCCAGAUGAGUUUAAAAAC